AUCUUGCUUGAUGGCUUUGAUGCCUCGCCACACCGUGACCGCCGCGUCUCCCGUCCCUGCCUGUUCUUGCCUGUCCCUGCCGCGCCUCCUGUAUCACCAUACAAGCCUCAGGGGCGGCCUGCACUGCUCCCGAAAUGGAGUACGCGCCGGAUAGUGAGCCGAACGCUGAUGUUCGGUUCAUCUCCAGCCACAUUCCUGUCUUCACUCCAGAGGAGAUCUCCCUUCCUGCUGGGGACUGCAGCCUGGUGGCCGCCACCCCAAAGUUUGGCCGUAUUUUUGUAGCUUGUGGGACACAGGUUAAAGUCUUUGAAUCAAAGACACUGUUUGAAGGAGUGGCGGGUGGCCCUCUCACCACCAUUGGUGUUGGUGCUCAGGUGACUCACGUAGCCUGCAGCUGUGAUGGUCUCACCCUGCUGGUGGUCAUCCUCCACAAACAGGUCCCUCAUGCACUCUUCUAUGAGAUUCGCAGCCUUGUGCCUGGUUGUGGGGAACAAACCCCCCUGGUGAGUGUGGCUCUGGAUGGGGCUGGUGGCCAGGUCCAUGGACUCACUUGGAACCCCAUGGACCCCAGCAGUGUGGCCCUGGCCAUCUCACCCUCAUCCCUUUCACUUCUCACCCUCAAAGAGAACCAAGUGGAAGUGAAGUCAGAGAACAUUCAGGCAAGGGCACUGGGAUGGUCACCCAAGGGGAAGCAGCUGACCGUGGGCCUAGAAGACGGCACCCUGAAGCUGUUCAAACCGGACCUGACAGCUGUGCGCACCAUCCAGCGGCCACCCAUGAAUGAAAUCGGUGCUGUGCUCAGCAUCACCUGGUUCACCAACACAGAAUUUUUCAUUGGCUACAAGAGCUCAGUUGAGGAGGGAGCUCAUGUAAUAAUGUAUGUCAAUGCACCAAAAGCCAAGGAGCCAGAGUUUGUUGCUUAUGAGUAUAUCUGCAACUACAACGAAGGCCCAAGGGCACCAAUGUUCUACCCCUUCUUCUUCCCUGAGUGGUCUUUGCUUUGUCUGCUGUCGUCUCGUGCUGUGACAAUGGCUGUCUUGGGCCGGUCUGCUAAGGGUGGCGAUGGUUGGUGUGAGUAUGAGAUAGAUGAAGGGUGUGUCGCUGCAGUGCAUAACGUUUCCAUCACUAAGGAAACCUUCCCUCUCGGCCUGGCGGUUGAUUUCACCUCCCAGAAGACCUUCACAGCCAAAGACAACAAAGUUUCCGGCCCGUGUCCUGUCAUGUGCACUCUUUCCACGGGGGGAGAACUCAACCUCUUCCAUGUGGUCAAUGAGAAGUCUGGUGCAGAGUCCUUGACCAUGCCCCAGGAGAGUCUACCAACCAGUGGAGUGCGCACGCCUCAGCAGUUUGGAGGAGUCAGCAGUUAUUCUGUGGACAAGCCAGCUGUUCCAUCAUUGGCCUCUGUUGCCCCAGAGACCAGGACUGCCUUUCCUGCAGUACCAACUCCCUUGGGUCUAAGUACAUCAUCAGCCACACAGAAGGUGGACACUUUCAGUUUUAAUGCACCAGCACAGUCCUCUAGUCCUGCCCCAGCCUCUUCACUACAAAGUCUUAGUGCCAAUUUCAAACUACCCCAAAGUCAGCCUUCGCCACUGACAACAAGUCUUUUUGCCAAGACUGAACCAGCUUCUCCCAUGUUUAACCUAGAAAGAACAACUGAGACUACCAAGCCCACCCUGGCUGCUCCUGCCAGUAUCCCCAAGCUGCCACAAGCCACCACCACAUCACAGGACAAAUCAUCUUUUCCCUUGAAUCGGCAGAUCACUCCAGCAGCGGCUCCACAUGGUACCAUCUUGCCUGACACCAAGCCACAGCCUCCUGUUAUCCCUGACAUCAAGGCAGUCGAAACCAGGUUUGAGGAGGAGCUGAAGGAACACCUAAACAUAGGGGACCUGCCUAACCAGGUUGGUGGACAAGAGGAGAUGAGUGAGCUAAGGUGUUUCCUGGGUGAGACUGCAGAGUGGGUGAAUGAGAUGAACUCCACCACAUCAGAGCUCAAGGGAGAGGUGGGGCAGCUUCACUCUGAUGUCCUGGAGGGUUUCAUUCUAGCUGAGGAAGCAGAAGCCCAAGUCGUCAAGAGCAAGAAUCCUCGGCACCGCUUAAUGUUGCAACUGCAGACAUUGGACCCACACAGCCGCAAGCAGAUGGAGGAGAUUCGCUCACUGUACCAGUACCUGCAGAGCCAACUAGCUGAGAUUAACACCCGCCUUCACCUGGAUUGGGCCACAUACAGGAAUGAGCAAAACAAAAAGAAAAAAAAGGAGCUUCCACCCUCAGAGAAACUGUACCAAGCCUUGAAGAAGUGCCUCUAUGCAAGGAAGGUCUGUGAGCAGCGAGUGGACUCAUUAUGUGAACGAAUCAAGGACCUCCACCUCCACUCCCUCAGUGGUCUGGCAGCCCCACAGACACACCAGGAAGAUGAUGAGAUUAUGGCCACUCUGGAGAGAUCGUUGCGGGAAACCUCCAUCUCCACCCCUGAUCUCUCGUCUCCCUUCAAGAUGCUUUCUCCAGGGAAGCAGGAAAACUUACAGAAAGUUCUGUCACGUAGAAAUUUCAUCCCUCUAAGAAAGUGUUCCAACCUACCCUGCAUGAAUCUGAGUUCCCUGGAGGACCUCUCCCAAGGAAACAGCCAGGAAGGCUCUCCUCGCUCUUCCUUUACCACUAACAAGGGACACUCAUUUGAGCCUCAGAUAUUCUCAACACCCAUGCCGAACAAUCAGAUAUCUGUCACUCCCCAAGCAGGAAGUACCUCAGAGGCAGAUAUGAUGCAAGGAAGUAAAGCAGCACCAGCACCACCUGAGCCACAGUACGAAGACAUCACGCCACCACAGACCCCAGACAACAGGCUGACGCAAGGCACCAGGCCUGCCAGUCCUUUGCGAGCUCUCUCACGUCUGGUGUCUGAGGUGCCAACCAAAGGGGCCUCUGAGACAAAAUCCCCAGGGACAGUAUUACCCACUGAAAGCAAAACAGCUUUUCAAGGAUUUGGUGUUGGAGGAUCUUCCUCUGGAGGUCUGAAGGCCCCUGUAACUGUGACUUCAGGGCCUCUCCAGGGAACUUUCAAGCCUGUCACAUCUGCUCUCUCAAAAACAACACCUGCUUUUUCCUUUACACAGUUUGCCCCACCCACUGUGGCUUCUCAAGGCAGUGUGACUCAGCAGCCAUUGUCACAGAACUUAGCUGGGAGUUCCAGUCCAUUAUUUAAGCCUCCUACAGCAACAUUAGAAAACACCGGUUUUCCUCAGGCUGUUAGUAGUGAAGUUUCACAUAAGACUGAAGUCAAAGGUAGUCUUUUUUUCAAACUUCCAACAUAUGUUAGUGAGUCUUACAGUCCAUUUUCUGAAAAAGUAGAAACUUCAGUAGCCUCUCUAGACAAGGUGGCCAGCACUGCAGCAUCAUCCACCUCCAAGGUUCCAAGUGUCUCUGAGGCAGCAAGCAGCAGUUCUGUCCUCGGUGCUAUGAGUGUUCCUGAGUCCUUCACCACUCCUCAUCUUGCUUCUGUGGCAGAAACAGAGUCAACAUCAUCUUCAUCUUCAACAGACUCUGACACUGCCUCAAAUGCCACUGUCAUUGGGGGUGGUGUGAGUACUUCUGGGACUCCAAGCUUCCCAGAAAGUUCAGAGCAGCUGGCUGAGAGGACAGGAGACAUGGCUGUCAAUAAGGAAGCUUCCCUCCCACCACCUAGCUCCACUUCCCAACCCAGUCUGUUCUCAGCAAAUUCAGGAAGCUUCUUUGGGGGUGGUAGUAGCAACAUGUUCAGUGGUGUAUCUUCUUCCAGCAGUGGUUUCUUUGCAAACAAGACUUCUGUAGAAUCAGGUCUCCUUGGAUCAUCCUCUACAUCCACCACCAUCACUACCACCAGUGCUGCUGCUGCCACACCCUCAUCUGGGGUACUGUUUGUGACACCUACCACUGAUUCUGGGAGCUUCUUUGCAUCUGCUACAGGUACUGCAGCCACAGGGAGUGUUUUUAAUGCUCCUGUAACAGCUUCAGGUACCCUCUUUGGGGCUAAAAGUACUGCAUCUUCUAGUAAAGGUCUUUUGGGAACUGAAACAGCAACCGUAAAUACAUUAACAAUAACAGUGACUUCCAGUAGUCUUUUUGGAAAGACAUCAACAACAACAACUGCUGGAAACAGUUUGGGGACUGCACCAUCUGCAUCAUCUGGGAGCAUUUUUGGAGACACAAAAGCCUCCAGUGGUGGGACUGUUUUUGGGACUUCAGCCACAUCUGCAAGCAUUUUUGGAGGCUCAUCCACUGCUGCUUCAGGAAGCAUAUUUGGAACUGCAUCUACCAGCAGUGGGAGCCUUUUUGGAAUAUCAGGAUCUACUGGUAUUUUUGGAGCAACAACUACAGCUGCUCCUGCUGCUGCUUCUACUACUACUAGCACCACUUCUACUAUUACCAGCACUGUUAGUAGUAGUAGUAGUAGUCCUACUACAUCUGCAACCAUGUUUGGAAAUUCAGGAAUAUCUACAGCUGGUGUAACCAUUUUGGGAACAACAACAGCAUCAGACUCAAGUACAGCAACCACAGCAGCUACAGCUGCUACUGCAGGCUUAUUUGGAACAGCUACCUCAACAACCUCCGACAGCAUUUUUGGGGCGUCCACAGCUGCUACAACCACAGCAACUAAUGGAACUAUUUUUGGAGUGAAGACUACAGCUGGAAGUAUCUUUGGAACUGCAAGCACAUCUGGAAACUUGUUUUGCACAACAACCAGUGCACAAACCGGGAGCAUAUUUGGGACAACCUCAACAAGUACAGGUUCAGGAAACAUUUUUGGAUCUGCAUCAACAAGUGACAGCAUUUUUGGGAGUCCAGCCCAGACCAGUGCAGUGACUCCUAGCAUUUUUGGGGCAGCAGCAGGAGGAGGAGGAGGCAGUGCAGGCAGUACCAGUACCCUGUUUGGAAGAGAAGGUUCUGGAUCACCUUCCAUAAGCUCCACCUCCACUACCACCACAGCUGCUUCCACUUCCAUCCCUGCUUCCUCCUCUCCCCCAGCUCUCACCACAGGGCUCUUCUCUUCCCCUCCUGCUGGUGAGGCCUCCUCCUUCAAUCUGGCUUUCACACCAGGUGGAGGCUCAGGGUCUGCUAACCCAGCCACCUCUGCCACUCCAUCUCUCUUUUCCACUCAAGCAACAAGCACAGCUACUGGAGCCCCAUUCUCACCUGGAGGAAUCUUCAGUGCCUCAUCCACUACCUCCACCUCAGCCUUCACUAGCCUGUCAACCUCCAGCUCUGCCUUCACUUCCCCUGCUGCCUCCUCUGCUCCUUCUCUCACUCCUGCCACCACUGCUGCAGCCAGCACUACCAACACAGUGUUUGGGCAGAGCACCCCAGGUUUGGUGUUUGGAGGCACAGCACCUCCACAGAACUCCCUUUUUGGUGGGGGAGGCCAGAGCACCGGAACAUUUGGUGCAUCCUCAACUCCUGGCAGUAUAUUUGGUGGCUCAGCAGCAGGACAGUCACUCUUUGGAAACACCUCCUCAGGAUCCAUGUUUGGCCAGACAUCUGCUGCCACCACGUCACCAUUUGCCUCUGUCAGCACAUCCAAAGCAGAGGCAUCACCCUUUGGAGGCUCAUCGGCAUUUGGGUCAGGAGGAGGUGGAGGAGGAGGCUUCUUCAGUGGCCUAGGCAGCAAACCCAAUGCAGAGAAUGCCAACAAGAAUGUUUUUGGAGGAGUGUCUCUGUCUGCUACUACACCACAAACCAGCUUGUUUGGUAAUAGCAGCAGCAGCACCACCAGUCCAUUUCAAAGCAGUGUGUUUGGAGGGGCUGGCAACAGUGGCACAGUUGGCAGUGGCAGCUUCAGUAGUGGUGCAGGCCCUGUGGCCAACACAGGAUUUGCUGUCACCACACCUCAGUCACCAGCAUUUGGCGGGAACCCAACUUUUGGGGGCAGCCCAUCCUUUGGGGGAAGUCCCACCUUUGGCUCAUCUCCAGUCUUUGGAGGCUCAUCAACAUUCUCAUCCCCACUGAAGAACACACCUACAGGUGGUGGUGGCUUCAGCUCCUUUGCCUCCUCAGGUGGUGCUACAUUUGGCUCCCUUGCUGGUGCCUCAUCCCCCAGCACUGGUGGCUUUGGCAGCUUUGCCAACCAGAGCAACACUGCAACUUUUGGUAGCCUUGCACAGCAGAGCCCUGAUCAGCAAUCAGGAGGAGCCUUUGGCACUGGAGGAGGAGGAGGCACCUUUGGAAGUGGAAGUAAUUUCUCUGCCUGGCGCUGAGGUUUCUGCUCUCCUAUCCCUCCCGUGCAAGACUGAUUAGAUUCCACUCGUUGAUGUUGAGUUGCAGCAACAGAAGAUUUUAUGCAAGACAUGACUGAUGGAUUGUUUAUAGAAAAAAAGUUUAUUUGUCCAAAUGUAUCUGUCAAUCAUAGAUUUUACAUCUUUUUUUUUAUCAGUGUUGUUUAGGUUCUAUAGCUGUGACUUUCGUUAGUUGCCAAAAUAUCUUUUAUCAUGCAUAGGACAAAUCUGUUUGGUUGUGCACUGAGUCUGGUGUCUGUGCUACUGUUUGGUUCCCUCACUGGUUCUGCUGUUGCAGUCUGUCUUUCCAUAAACUCAUCACUAGCAACAGCAACCAAAAAAAACAACAUAGCAUUUAUGAGGUAUUAUCUACAAUAAAGUUCAGUUGUUCCAUAUAGAUUAUUUUUACUGGAAAUAAAAGUUACUCAAAUUA